UAAACUACCUAACUUCUCCCUCAAAAAUUGACUGUAAUUUUGUCAUGUACUAUGUAGUUCCUCUUUAAUUCUCCAUAAAUAAGUAUUUGAUUAUAUUAAAAUGGUUAAGAUUUGAAAUAACAAGAAAACGUGAAAGAAUCAUAAACACUUUUCGAUCGUUCUAAAACGAAAACAUGGUUGUUUAUUAAUUAAUUUGUUUUUAUGUCUAAAAGGGAUGUCUUACGUCUUCCGCCUUGGAAGUUACGAUGUGAAUGUUUGCAACGAUCAAAGGAAUUGAUUUAAAAUUGAAAUAGUUAGUUAUCUCUCUGUGGAAUUGAAGUGAAAUUUAAGAAUGGUGGUUAUAUCUACGCCCCAAAUGGACCAGUUUAUAUUACUAAGAGGUGUUGUUAUAUAGGAAUUUUGAUAUUAAACAUGAGGUUAAAAUCAAGGAAAGGAGAAUCAUAUUAUUUUUUGAAGUACAUUUUUUGUCCCACAUAAACUGUUAUGGGGUUGCCAUGGCUGUCGCAAGUGCGUUCUUUGCACUUAGCCAUAAUAGCACUAACUGGUUCACUAAUAUUAUAUUUCCUCCAUGUAAUAACAUACCAAUCACCUCUAACGUUGAUGUCGCUGGAAUUUUCAAAAUCUGUGAACCUCUCAACAUCAUCAGAAAUAGGAUUAACUCAAAACAAAAACGAAACGAAUCCUAUCAAAAAUAACGCAAGCAAUCGCUCAACGAUUGCUUCAAUAGAAGGAGCCCAAUCUCAACCAGAUUUAACCAAAGGGAUCCCAGCGAAAGUAAUUUAUGAAAGCGGUUACCUUCAAAUACCGUUAAAGCUAUGUCCAGAUCAAGGUGUAGGUAUACAGUUAUUGGUGAUGGUAACUUCCGCUCCAAGUCACGAAAGCGCGCGAAUGGCAAUCAGACAAACUUGGGGUCACUAUGCGACGCGAAGAGACGUUGCAGUUGCCUUUAUGUUGGGUUCCACGUCGAAUGAGACUUUAAGAACGCAAAUUGAAAGUGAACAGUAUUUGUAUCAGGAUAUAAUUCGUGGAAAAUUUGUUGAUACGUACGAUAAUUUAACGUUAAAAACGAUAUCUAUGCUCGAAUGGGUCGAUUCAAAUUGCCCGAAGGCGGCCUUUGUACUUAAAACGGACGACGAUAUGUUUAUAAAUGUCCCGAAACUAUUGACAUUUGUUGGGAAACAUAAUCCCCAAGAUAGGGCGAUUUACGGUCGAUUAGCGAAAAAAUGGAAACCGAUCCGAAAUAAAAAAUCCAAGUAUUAUAUAUCUCCACGUCAAUACAAGCCUUCCGUGUUUCCCGAUUUUACCACAGGUCCAGCGUAUUUAAUGCCAGCCCGAUUGGCGAAAGAACUAUACAACGCCGCUUUAACGCAGCCCUAUUUUAAACUAGAAGAUGUAUUUGUAACGGGAAUUGUCGCAGAUAGCCUAAAAAUAAAACGCGUACUCGUUCCAGAAUUUCUCAAUAAACGCGUUUCAUUUACACCAUGCAAUGUGCAAAAGGGUAUCAGCGUUCACAUGGUGAAAGGCGCAGAACAAUAUGAACUUUGGAAGAAAUUAUUGGAUGGAUUAACCAAGUGCAAGUAACCGUCAUCAUUAUCUUAUCCCGGCCAUAUUAUCUUAAUUGGUGCUACGCAUGAAUAUAUGUUUAACUCGUAGCAUAUUAGAGUUUCCGUUUGUGCCUUUCAAAAAUAAUACACUAAAUCUAGUAGUGAAUCAUACAAGAGAAUGAAUUUAUAACACCAAAUAAAUUCGUUCAUUUGGUGAUUUUUCUAUAUAGACCAAUUUCAUUGUUGUUUUCUCAGUACAGAUAGUUAACUCGAAUUUUUACUCGUUUAUUUCAAAGUAAUUAGUAGCGUAAGCAUUUUUACAAUGUCAUUAUUACUACACCUUUUUUUCACUUAUAUAUAUAAUGUAAAUAUAUAUAUGUAUAAUAUAAUAUAAUAUAGUAUCUAUAAA